AUGACUGCUGGAGACACAGCUCAUCUGAUGAGCUAUUUUAGAUACCAGAAACAUUCGGGAACGAUCCUAGCCCAUAUCGUGUUGAUGGCUAUAGCUUGGGUCGUUAUCCUCCCAGUAGGUGUUGUGUUUAGUGUAUCAAAGUCCCGACUCGCGUUGCCAACUCAGUUUGGUUUCUUGGUCGUCAAUGCUGUUGCCGUAUUAUGCGGCAUCAUAUACAGUAACCAAACUCCCGAUCUUUAUGAACACAAUGUGCAUACCAAGAUAGGAUGGGUGGCUACAUGGGUCAUGGUUGCGGAGGUUGUGAUGGGGCUACUUCUCGCAUACUCCAACGGCAAAAGCCAUGCGCGAGAUAAUGCAUACGAAAGAGUUGCCUUCCUUUCUGUUGAUACCAAUUCAGGCAGAAAUGACUCUUAUUCUCGGGAUACCAAUCGGCAAACUCGGUGGUCUGCAGACAGCGGUCAAGGCAGCGACGAGCACACGUAUUCCCCCCGUAGCGGAUGUAGCUCCUUUGAACAUGACAGACGGGAAGCUGAGGACAUGGCGAUACCAAACCUCGAAGCAAGCAAUAAACCUAGCUGUCAACGGCUAUCUCCAUUCGGGUCUCUCGACAGAUAUUUGACAGCUCGUGUUCCUCAGCUGACUUCGCAGCGUGUCCUCAGUGCAUUGACUUUGAUCCACACUAUCGUUGAGAGGACGAUCCUGAUCCUUGGAUUCUUCGCCCUUACGUCGGGUGCUGUUGUUUAUACUGGAAUUUUCCGCGGACGACAAAUCUUCAACGGACUGGCGCAUUUCAUCAAAGGCGGGAUUUUCAUGUGGUAUGGAUUCUUGACUCUAGGUCGGUGGCUUGGUUGCUUUGCAGACUUCGGAUGGGCAUGGAAUGUGAAGCCAUCACGUGCCAUCGUAGGGGGUUGGAAGUCAAGAAUACCAACCGCAGAAUUCACAGAAUCGUUUGUUAUUUUCUUAUAUGGAGCCAGCAACAUGUUUUUGGAGCAUCUUGGUGGGUGGGGAGGACCAUGGACGGCCCACGAUCUUGAACAUGUUUCAAUAACCAUCAUGUUUUUUGGCGGCGGCUUGUGCGGAAUGUUGGCUGAAUCUCGUCGAGUUCGUGACUGGAUAAAUCAGACUGCUUUGGGACCAUCUCCAAUUGCUCUUGACAAAGAAUACCCGUCAGCACGCGCUGUCACAUAUAUCCUGCUCUAUAUCAACCCACCAAGCUCGAUUCUUCCUUCCCGGCCACCCUCAGAGUUGGUCACCUCAUUCUGUCUUAUAUCAGGCGGACUUGUUUUCAUGCUAAGUACCGCGGAUAUUGUCGCAGCCAUGGAGUAUUAUGAGGUCAAUGCAAUGAUUGUCUUCACAGUUGGGAUGGGAGUUACAUCGCUUUCCAUGGCCUGGGAGAUCGUUGUCAUAUCUCUAAAGGCAUGGGCAACCAAAACUUCGGCUUCCACAUCACUGAUGCGGGAUGGUUUCAAGUUUCCCGAAUAA